GUCUGGGUAAAAGUGUGUGCAACAUGGCGGACGUGGAUGAAGGUUUCUUUAUGGAAGGAUGGAGAAGUGUUCAUUCUUCAGUCACAAAAGCUGACUUUUGUCGUUUCCAAGAUGCAGUGAAUGUAUGGAUAGAAAGACCAAAUGUUGUAAAUCGUCGUGUGAUGGGCGCACUUAUUGUGAAGAAAAUGUUUGUUAAACGUUUGACUGGCAGUGAUCUUGGGGAAUUUUUGUCUCUUUCUGAUGCUGAAAUCAAGUGUUUAUUUCAAGAUACUGAUUUAGAAGGUGAAACAUGGGAGUGUGAAGGGGGUGAUGAUAGUUUUGACCCUGACGAUAACGAAGUUUCUGGUUGUCAUGAAACUCAAAGUUUGUCGAAGGAUUCAGCAGUGCGUCUAGACGGUGAAGAAUCAGUUUCCUGCAUCGUUCGCAAGUUGAUACCGAGACAGGCUCAUGUUGAAUUAAUGGGUGCCAUGUUCGAGUUGGUCAUUUUAGGUAGGUAAAGUAAGUGUUCAUGCCAGGAAAUAUUGCGCUGUGUUGAGUCUUUUUUACACCAUAUGUGAUACUGAUAAGCCAAGUUGGAAAUAGCAGAAAAUUGAUCCAUCUAUUAUAACGGCAAAUCAACAGUACAUGUGCAUGGAUAAAGGGAUAAUUUCUAAAGGAACAUCAAUGUUUAGGGAGAGGGUACAGCUAGAUAAUUCGGUUUUAUCAACUGAGUUGAUAUCGUAAAUUUGCCACCAUAAAUAGUUUCCAAAGCUGACAUUUUUAGCGUUAGCCCUUCGUUAGAGGGGUACAGUGCAAUGUCUAGAACAACUGUGUCGAAAAGCAGUAACCAGUCAAGUCACACAAAAGUCAUCUUGCCUAAAGUCAAAUUGCCUGAAACCAGAGUUAUUUCAAAAUCCCCAGUCAUGUUGCUCAAAGAAACAAUCAUUUAGAAGGUUACAUUUACACACUACAAAUAGGCAAUAAAGUUGAGAAAUCUUUAUAACUCAAACAUCAUGAAGUCUUUGAACACACAGAUGGUCAGAAUUAAACUAUGUCUGAGUAAAUUGGCUCUAAGAGCAUUUUGGUUCAUAACAAAGUGAAGUGUUCUUUGUUUGAUACACAGUUGCUUUGUACCCUCGGAGGUUUCAUACCCAGUCAAUUUGAACCCAAACAUUACUGCCCAAAUUUCAACAAUUCAUACCCAGUUUGAGUCAGUUCAUUCCCAACCUGCCAGUAGAUUUGCACCCAUCCAAACAUUCAGUGAUGGUCAAAACCCCAGUAAACAGAUGUUGAUCAUCAUGUUCAACAAGUUAAUGAUAAGUCUUGCAGGUAACAUCCAAACAAAGUUAUUUAAAUUUGUGUUUAGUAGUAACCUUCCCAACAAUAACAAAUAAAAACUCCAGUUUUUCAUAGUUUCUAACGACAAGUUCAUUUAAAGUCAAGCAAGUAACAUCCAAGUCCUGUUUUGUCUGUUUGUUACCUUUUUAGUAACAAAUAACUUAUUGCCCAGCACAAGGUUAUUGUGAUAUUUCCGAGAUAAGAGUUUAUUGUUUUUACUUGUGACUUUCUAAACAAUAAUAGUCUGUUAGCAUCAUUUCCCUUACAGUUAUAUAAAUUUAUUUUUUUCCCUCAUUUAGUUUUAGCUCUGCAUCUGUUGCAAUUUAAUUUAAUUAAUUUUCUGUGUCAAUUGGAGACUAGUUCAGGGCAGUCUGAAUCAGUUGCAAUCUUUUUUUUCACUUCUGUUGUUUUGUAUAGAUUCUUUUAAAUCACACAAUGGAAGUUUGUUUACUCUCAUGAAGUUAAGUCAAGUGUUGCUGUUAAUGCCUACUUUCUUCAAUCUUGCUUUCUAAUAUCAAUUUUAAUUAUGCAGUAUUCCUAAAUGGGUAAAAUAGUAUUUGACCGGAAUCUUUUAGUAUUCAAUAGAUCCUUAUUUUCUUGAUAAGUUGGAGGUAUCUUGUCAAAAGCUAUGGCCAGUGACUCGCUAAGGACAGUGUACCAAUGUUGAUUAUUUAAAUGGCUUCCUAUACUUGACUGUACACCUCUACAAGGUGUUUUCCUACCCACAAGCCUCAGUUGCAAGGAAUUAUGAAAGGAAAGUGUGAUGGUUGAACCAAGCCUGAUGGUAUUCUUUUUUAUCAUCACAGAAAAAAACAAAAGUCGAGUUUCCUUUUGUCCACUUUCACUGAUGGCAAUGGAGAGAGGUUUCAAAAGUUACCAAGACCUCUUGGAAAUGUCCAAGUCAUACUCAUUUGUUUAUCAUCAGCCAUCUUGCAAAGGAGAACAUGCCAGGUACAGUGUAUAUGUGUAUUUGAUAACACCUACAUGUACACAAUUAACGAUAAACCUACAGGGGAAAGGUGUUUAGAAAACUAUACAAGUUUGCUGCUGUGACACUGUGAAAUUCCUUUUUACUUGGGCUUCCUGUGGAAAAUUCCAAGUCUUAAAUUAUCCUGCGGUUAUUGUUUAUCUUCCUAAAAGGUACUCCUGGCUUUCUUUUUUUUCUAUGCAGGCACUGAUUAUCAGGCUCUAACUUCUAAACAAAAGUGUUCUAAACAGCCUGAAAGGGUUUAUGGUUACUGGUUAUGAUUUUUAUCUGGUAAAAACCCAGAUUUGAGUUGGAAUGUGUUUGGAAGCUUGGAAGCUUGAAAUUAUUCAGCUUUAAAUGUGGUUUUUGAUGGAACAAUUUCAGUAAUUUUUAUCAAAACUUGCAGCUUACAGUCACUUUCUAAUAUUUAUAUUGUAACAUGAUUAUCUUUGUAUUGUUACAUGAUUAUCUUUGUUUACAGGGUUUUCCCUAUAGCCUUUUGCCUCUAAAUGAAUGAAUUAUUAUUGUGACUAAAAGUUUUCUCUCUCUUUUUACUGAUUAAAAUUAACAAUAUGAGGUAAUUUUUUGUGUUUGGUUACUGUUGGAUCCAACCACGAAUGUAAACACACAGUAAAUGAUUUCAUAAAACAUUUGAAAUAAAUUUAAAAUGAACGGUAAAACAUGACAUUUCAACCAACCUUUGGUCAUUUUCAAGUGAAUAGUAAGAAUGUCACAAUGAAUAUACAUAUAUGCAUGUAAAAGUUGGCUAAUAGAGGACCAAGGGGGGAGCUCAUAGUAACUCUGUCUGUUUUUCCAUAAAAAUGGCUGUUAAGCAAGAAAAGUUGGUCUUUUGCUGCCACUCUAACAAGAUCAACAAGGAUCAGCUCAUUGGGGUUAAGGUGUUGUGUUUCAUCAAAUCAAUUAUCAAUGAAAGCCUUAUUGGUGAGUAGUUGUAUGGUCUCCUCCAAGGGUACAUUCAUUAACAGGGAAGAAACAUCAUAGGAGACCAAAAUAUCUCCACUGUAUUUGUCAAUUCAUGGACCUCAUUCACGAACUUGGUCCUCUAUUAGCCAACUUUUUUAUGUGCAGCAUUGAGGAUACUUUGAAGCAUGAAGGCAAGAUGCCCCCAUACUGCAAGAGAUAUGUGGAUGACACACUAAUUAUCAUGCCAGACACAACAUCAGCAGUCAAUUUCCUCAAGAUUUUAAACUAGUGCUAUUCCUCUAUUAAGUUUACCAUGGAGACAGAAAGUGGCCGCAAUAGCAUGCUUCUCUUUUUGGGCACCUAGCCACUCAACAAACAUAAGUGUUGAGACUUAGGUGUAUGUUAAACCCACAAAUACUGGCCUCCUGCUGCAUUACAAGAGCCAUGUAGACAACUGAUACAAACACAGGUUGCUAUAUACUAUGGUUGAUUGUGCAAUUUGGCUUUCAUUCAAUCGGUGUUACUUCUCCAGGAAGAAUGUGAUUGACUGAAAUGAUUGUUUUCUCAACUAAAAUAACCUGAAGAACUUGUUAACUCUACUUUUCCAUGUUUUAUUUUUUAUUUGGUUUUUAAUUAGCUUCUAAUUAUUUCUUCUCUUUGUAUGCUCUUAUUGUCUGUUUACUCUGCCAAAAAAUUUUACACUUCUUAUAUGCAUAGAUAUAUUCAUCAUGUCAUUUCUACUAUUCACUUGAAUUUACCGAAGUUUGGUCGAAAUGUUGCGUUUUACCAUUCAUUUUUAUUGUCAAAUACAAUAAAUGAUUGAAUCAAUCAGCCAAUGGACUUCAAUUGUUCCCACCACUUGUGUUUCACAUCAGAUCAUAUAAAAUUGAAGCAGUUUACAAUUGUCCUGGGUUUGUGCCUGAACUGGACUUUUUUCUUGUUCAAUGAUGCUUAGUAUAAACCUUAAAGGGAAUUUUACAUAAGAUGAAAGUUUGUGUCUUAAAGGUGAAGAUUGAUUGAAAUAACUCAAGUAAGUCUUGACAUGUUUUCAGUCUCACUUUGUAUGAUCUCUCCAAAAACUCAUGUACCCACUGACUUUCCAAAGCAUAGUGUGGUUUUGGUUUUUGGCUACAAAAUGAAUCCUGCUAAGUGUUCACUUAAAGAGACAUAAAUCACUAAAAAUAGACCUUUAAUCAUAGAAGUGGCUUUGAGCAGACUUGACAAAACCUCGGGCCAUUUUGAUAUACAUGUGUGUUGUUGGUAUUUGCACUUUGAGAAACCUUACAUGUACUAACUCAGUAACAGACUUAAUGGGAUAAUAACAUACAUUGCAGUGCACUACUGGCAUCAAGCCAGUAACCACAACGCACAAAAUGAUGCCAUUAUAGAGGGAAUUCCCAGUAAAGGUCAAGCUUACCUCUUGUUAGAAUAGAAAGAUUGUGAAUUCCAGUGCUCAUGAUUUAAACAUUUCUUUUAAGCUUUUCUUUCAAUAUUUUUGGUGAGAUUUUGGUGUGGAAAAGGCAUGAGUUGAAGGCCCAUCUUGCCAAAGCUUAUCACAUGGUCAGAUUUCCCACUAGUACUGCAGUAGAAGUAAGUGUCCUGUCCAAGAACACAACAUAAGACUUGAGUGAGACUUGAACCUGACCCUUUGAUCUAGAUUCUUGCAUACUUCUUACUGGGGCACUGUAUCAUGACUGACAGAGAGCACGAAGAACAAAUCAUGCAAUUUUAAGUGCCACUGAAUAUUUGACAGGUCAUAUGGAUGGAUGGAUGGAUGAAUUGUGACACAAAUCAUUUUUCAUAGCUUAUGAUAUCAUUGUCCAUGGAGCCCUUCCUUUGAGAGUCUGUGCAGGUUAAUGUUUCUUAAAGUGAUGAUUACAAUCUGGAUAUUCUGACUUGGUUUCAGCUUUUUUAAGACUACACUUCCAGAAUAAGGCUUGUAGACCCUUUUUGGAGUGAGAAGUAUGUGAAAGAAAUAUGGAAUGCAUGUGAAAAUCCACUGAACUGCUGUCUGUAAAUAAAUAUUACUGCCAAGGCUAAUGCCUUUGAGUAUGCUUUUCUUUAAGCUGAUGGAGUGCACCUUAAAAUCCAGCACAUACACCUUACACUGUAUCACCCAGGAUGAUUAGUGUAUCUUUGCAUAAAUGACAUGACAGCUCACAUUUUUCCCUCAAUAAUCUAUAAAUGAUUUAUUCCAAACUAUGUUGAUACCAUGCCCAUACUGUGGGAUCAUUUAUGAGGUAUCAGAGGUAUAUUCGUUUCAAUCAUCAAUAUACAGCCUCAAAGAUAUAUUAAAAAUAAAGUAAUUAAGAUCAUCAACUUUCAAAUUGAGUAGCAGGGGGACAUAUAAGAACUCAUGUGGUUAAAGGGUCCCUUUAGCGUUCUUCUGAAAAUAAACAUAAUCAAGUUAUACUCUGUCUUCUCCUAGAAGGUUAACAGAUGCAAGUUCAGAGGCAUCAUCUAUAAAAGUAUCAACUUUCAAUUUAGCCAAAAAAAGGAGAAAAAAGCUGAUGAAAAAAAAGGGGUUAAGUGCUCUAGCUAGCUGCUUUUAAGUACAGACACUGCUGCAACAGGCUCUCUUGUGUCAAAGCAUGCUCUUCUCUCUCCUGAACUCUGUUCUGAGUAACAUAACAGAAACCAUUGUUAGAAAAGGGGCUGUCCAGGGUACAAGGUCAGGUUAAAUUCCUUCAUCCACUUUUGUAAAUGUUUGCUAAUAAAACAGAACAAGGAAAUUGUUGAGAAAUGAGAAAUUAAGAGCUAACUAUGGUGUCAGAGUAACUGAGGGUUAGCUCAGAGCCUUAACUGAGAAAGCUCAUUGAAGUCUUCCAAGAAUCAAUGAGGCAUCCUGCACUCCUUUGAUAUUUCCUGCUCCCAGAAUUCUAUGCUUUAGCAAAGGCAGGCCCACGAGUUUAAACUGAGAUACCCACUAUUUGUAAUCAUCAUUCAUAACCACAGGUCAUUCACUAAAAUUCAAUGUAUUGUAAUUGGCAUUAGAGUUUCACUACUACUGAUGGACAGUGCAACAUUGUCUGAAAAUGGAAGGGAUGGGAUAUUAUGUCCUACAAUUCACUGGCUGAAGGAUAUCUUACUUCCUAAACUUUGCAAGUGGGCAGGAGAAGCUCAGGGUAGCCAAGUUAGUAGAGGAUCAUUAAGACUUGUCCCUUUGGAUCAAUACACAAAGAUAUAUCAACGCCUAAAACAAGACUUUGGAGAAAAGUUUGUAAAGGUUAGUAAUUCAGUUCACCCUGGUUGUGGUACAUUGUGUAGAUGUUCAUAAAGGUACAUAAUUAACUUAACUCUGGUUGUGAUUGUGUAGACAUUUCCACAUCAUUAGUGGAAGUCAACAUGUUAAAAAAACCUUAUUGAUCAUAGAAAUGUUGUCAACAAUGUUAAAAAAUUACCAGUGAAACCAAACAGCUGCUCCUUAUGGUUUCACCUAAGUUACAAUAGCAUUGAAAUUUUUGAUAGGUUAUGCACCAAAAGUUUUUGGAAAAUCACUCUUGCAGAACAUGAUCAACAGUUGCCUUUUUGUUUUAGUUGUUGUUGUUGUGAUAAUUUGUGUUACUGAAUGACUUCCACAAUGAAAUACCAAUAAGAAGUGGAUGGUUAUAGACUCUGUUAUCAUGAAUUGUUAUUAUCACCCACUUAGUUUUAGUGCUCUUUGCUUUGGCAUGGGUAAUAAUUUCUUUGAGGUCAUCUUUCUUCAAGCCUAUGAGCCAAAAACCAGCUUUCUUUUACUCAAGACUUUUCUUCCACUUUUUCUUCCAUCGUGACAAGUUUUUCUUCAAAAAUUUCUUCAAGAACACUGAUCCUAAAAUGCAGAAAUUCAUCACCAUCCACUUUUCAGAAAGUUGCAAUCAUUUGCAAGAGCAAAAUUUUCUCUGACAUGGAAAAGAUUGCUGAGCAUUUAUGUUACAUGUUGUGUCAUUUUUAUUGUUGAUAAUAUUUGUGAUGAAAGUUCUUGACCAAUGAGCAUGCAAUAAUUUCCACAAUUAUUAUAAAAAGACACUUUUAGGAAGAUAACUCUGGCAUGUUUGAAUUUAGCCAACAUGCAACAGUAACAUGUCAUUUUUCACGAAAGACUUAGGUAAAGUAAGGCAAAUAUAGUAGAAUCAAUACUGGAAUUGAAGCAAUCAAUGACAUAAAAUAACAUAAAAUAACAUAACUGUUUAAUGCAGUUAAAUGCAAUUUGAUGGAGUUAACAAUAAAGAACAUCAACAUUCUCUAGUAGGUUUUUUUUUUGUGCAUAUUUGCAUGCAUCGGAUUUCCUUGUGCUCUUCAAUGGGUGCCUGUGUCUCUUUCCUGUGUGGGGGCUCAUGGCUGGGUUGCCAGGAUUUGCCAGCCAUGGGAGAAGUCUCCAUCUAGGAGCUGGCUACCAAUAGUGGAAGCUCUUGGAUGUUUCAGGCACCCAACCUCCACAUAGGGACGCAGUUGUUAAUUCAUGAUUCAAAUUCAAAUGAAAGGUGAAAAGGAGACAAAAGAUAUUAUCCCUUUCAAGUUUGUCUCCUGAAAUAAUUGAAAAUGCAAAUUUACUUCUGAAUAAUGUUCACAAUAAGACAGUUCAAAAAUUUCCUAAAACAUUAGUUAAAUGGCAUCUGAGUCUGUUCUUGAAAAUAUUCAGUUUCUGCCUCUGUAACAUUAUUAGGUAAAUUAUUCCGUUCAUUGACUAUAUUUACAAAGAAAGAAUUGUUAAAACUAUUUAGCUUUGCAGGAAAAGGUCUAAGUGUAUGGUAAUGGUUGGCUCUUAACAGUCCAAAGUCAUGUGCAAACAUAAAUACUCAAAUGGAAGUGGCCUGUUAAGACCAUUAACUGUCUUAUAGCACUUGGUAGGGGAAGAAAAUAAUCUUCUCUGAUGUAGAGUUGGCCAUUUGGGGUUGUGUCCUCGUGUACCAGUACACAAAGGAACGAAACAUUAACGAACUGCGUCACAACUCCAUGUAUGGAUAUGAAAACAAUAGGAAUUCCCCCGUGUACCGGUACGCCAGGACAGCCCCCCAUUUGGGGAACUUUCAUUGCUCUUCAUAAAACAUUUCUCAGCCAAUGCUUCUGAGAGCAUAUCUAAAUGUCCUACGUUGGACCUUGUCUAAAAUAACAGAGUCCUUUUUGAGGUGUGGAGGCCACACUGGAGAGCAAUACUUUAGUAUUGGACAUUCUAAACUCUUACACAAUUUCGACUACAAUUUAGGCUUUCUGGGGCCUACCAUUCGACUCAUAAAUCUGAGCAUGCUGUUUGCCUUGUUUGCACGUUUGUUGGUUGGUGGGCUCAAUGAUACACCGUAGAUUUGAUGUGAUGUGAACUCCAAGAUCCUUAACUUCAGAACAGCUUUCAGCUGGUUUCCUCAUAGAAUGUAUUCAGGCUCCAUAUUAUCAUUCUUUUUCAAAACAUGCAUUAUCUCACAUUUGUUGACAGUGCUCCAGGACUGCAAUUGGGUAAGGUCCCUUUGCAGUUCCUCUAUAUCAUCCUUAGCAUCCCAAACUGCUCUGGAGUGAAGAUAUCAUUUGUUAUCCAAAACUGAACAAGGUGCUGUCUAAGUAUCCUUUCACAGACUCUACACACAAACAAUGUUUAUGAGACAGGAUGGUAAUUCUUAUGAAUACUUUUAGCACCUUUCUUGUGUCAAGGAAUGAUAUCAGCCAGUUUUGUGUUGGGAGAUAGCAUGCCUGAUAGAAAGAAUGUAUCAAAAACAUCUCAUGAUGAUGGAGACAAAGUUCCAGCACAAUUUUAGAAUCAUAGGAUGAAUACCAUCCAGGCCAGGGGAUUUGUGGGAUUUGAGUUGAUUCAGAAUCUUGUUAAUUUCCCUAGGCAAGUAUUGCAGAAGACUAAGAUCAGUGUCUUUGAUAAUUUUGGUUAAAUAAUGGGAAAUUAGAUGAGUACUCCUUUGUAAAAACUAAUGCAAAGUAUUCAUCCAUGGAUUCAGUGAUAUUGCUUUCAUUUGUUAAAAUGUCACCAUUAUGAAGCUGGAGAAUGAUUAGAUCAUUUGUUCCAUUAUUUUUCAACCUUAAAUAAUUCCAGAAAAGCUUUUGUUCAUUUCUGUCAUUGAACAGAUUGUUUGCCAAUCUAUUAAGGUAUUCCCAGUGGACCUUGUAGCAUUCUUUCUUCAAAAGGUUGCUCUUAUUUUUAUAUAACAGCCAUGUAUCAUCAUUAUUACUAUUCUUGGCCUUCUUUUAUAAUUGUUUCUUUCUUUGUAAAAGUUUGAUUAUGUUUGGGGAAAUCUAUGGGGCUUGGCAUUUUUUCUAAUUUCUCUGUUUGGGUGGCACUCAUCAACUGCAAUGAAAAAGGUUGACUGUCUACCAUCUUCACUCAAUUCAAAGGCUAAGGAGAGGAAAUAUGUUUCCAAUGUCCUAAAGAGGAAUGGCUAUACAAAAGCUUUUAUCCGUAACUGCCAAAAACUAUUUACAACUAGUAGCACUUCUCAUGAGAGGGAACCAGGGAUUGGUUUUGCUGUUAUUCCUUACAUUCAGGGUAUUAUGGAACCCAUCAAGAGAAUUUUGAAUAGCCACAACGUUAAAGUUGCUAAAAACCCUUUUCAGACUUUGGGGUAUAUUUUUGCCAAACCUAAGGAUCCUGUUGUGAAAGAACAAGGAAUGGACGCUAUUUAUUCUAUUCCAUGCAAUGACUGUCAUAAUGAGUAUAUCAGACAGACCAAACAUCGGUUUGGUACACCUUUGAAAGAGCAUCAAAAAGUGGCCUACGGUAUUUCUUCACCUAUAAGCCGAGCGAUUUUUCAGUAUUUGACAAAAAAGGUUGGGAGAUUUUUUCAUAAGAAAGGGAUUCGGCUUAUAGCCGAGGGUUUGGGAUUCAAAAACAGGUACAAAUUUAAUGUUAAUCCAAAAUGACUGUUAAUUCUGUGACUGCAGCACUCUUUAUGUGACAUGCUUUAAAAUUGACAUGACAAGAACGUAUUUCUGUCCACCAAUCAGAUUCUUUCCUCCCCGAGUCUGUUGAAGGUCUCUAACUUUUCGGGUCUCGACUUAUAGCCGAGGUCAGCUUAUAGGUGAAGAAAUACGGUACUUUUGCAAAAAAGAAAAUUCAGCUUUAUUGGAGCACACAUGCUUAACCAAACAUGCAAUUGGGUGGGAUGUCUAAAAUUAUCACCACUCAUCAGUGUUACCACCAGCACCUUUGUUUGGAAGCCUGGAAUAUUAACUCUGCCCACACUCCUUUAAGUUGUGAUGAUGGCUGCUUACUUCCUGACGCCUAUCUACACCUUGUCAGAAAAAAGGGUAGUUCAUUAGUGAGCAUAUAAAAGGACCUCCUGUUGCAGCAUUUAGAUCACCCCUGAUGAAGGCACUGGACAGGAGUGUUGAAAUGUUGGGUCUAAGAAUUGUUACUUCUCAGUUUCAUUCAUGAAAUCUUUAAACCAGAGUAGCAUCAAACCAUGUCUGAUUGUCCACCUGGCUGCCAUGUGAACUUUAAUAUAUGCUAUAAAAUACAUUUGAACAGCUUAUUUAAGCACGACCAGUCAGCUUUGUUGAAGUCAUAAAAUUUUCUUUCAGAUAAUUUGCAUUGUUACAGAUGAUUAUUCAUUUUAUAAGUUAUGAUUUUGUGAUCGGAAAUUGGUUGGCCAACAUCCACAUUGUAAAUGAUAUGGCUGUUGUUAGUCAACAAAAGGUUAAGGACAUUGUUUCCUCUUGUUGGUUACAACACCUAUCGAGUUAGGAAGUUGUUAGAAAUUACAGUAUGUCCCCGAACUGCUUCUAAUCGUUUCAGUUGUUAAGAAUUAAUCUAUUCUGCCAAUCAAUAUCUUUAAGAUUAAAGUCUUGGACUAAAGUCAAUUCUGAUUGAGGUGCCUGUAAUUCCAAAUUCUCUGCAAUGCUUACAAACAUUUUAUGUUGCUUGACAGGGUCUGUAAAACAUACCAAAAUUGAAAUAAUUGUUUUUGAAUAGUGGAUGUCAAGCGUUAAGAAUUCAAUUUCUAAUUCUUCCAGUAAGUGUCAUAGAUUGCAAAUGAUCCUGUCACUCAUAGCUACCAAGACUCCUUCCCCUUUGCAGUUUUUAUUGCAUCUGAAUACUACAAAAUUUGAAGAAAAUAGCUCUGUGUAUGUCAGUGAAUUGUCCAAAUUCGUCUCAGUUACUGCAAUAAUUGAAGUUGUACAGUUGUAAAUGUUGGCUUCUAAGGAUUAUGAUUUAUUUAUCAGAGAUUGAGUGUUAUAAUAGGCCACGUUCAGCUUCAAGUUGGAGCAAGACUUAACUCCAUGUCGCCUCCUAUAAGCAGCAAAAUUAUGAGGCUUGGGUGAGUGCUCCUGUAGUACUGACGCCAUCUUGUGAAGCAAGUGUGAAGUUGGUGAUCAGAAUUUAUUGAGCACCAAAUGCUACUUAAUGCUGGUUCCCCAAAACAGGACAAACUAGUAUUUUUUUGCAACAUAUGGAUUUUAUGAUUUCCAUUCCUAGAGUCUCACUUUGGCUUGAAAGUACAUGCUGAAAGUAUCAAAUUUGAUAAAAUGUGACAUAUGAUAAAGUACAAUUAAUUAAUGGUAAAUAUUUAUGAUUCCUCAAACAGAUGUGGCCAGAAAGUACAGAUCCCCAGAAAUUUGUGUAUGAAGAUAUUGCUAUAGCUUCAUAUUUGCUGGUAAGUACUAUAGUUUCUGAUAAAAAUGAGAAUUCUUAAAUAUACAGUCAGUAAUUUUAUGGUAAUUCCAUAUACCACUUAUUCUUUAACUCCUUUCCUAUAGCUGUUGUCUUGAACUCAGUUUUCUGUUAAUUGCCAACCCUUUGUGUUGAUUUAUGAUGGUGUAGCCUGCAUCAGGUCAGCUCCUAAUUUAUGGAGAUGCUAAAACUAGCCCAGUAAAAUAUGGCAGGAAUUUAGGAUGGAUAAGUGCUGCUUGCUGGCUCUUCACACACACACUCACACACACACACACACACACACACGCACGCACGCACACACACACACACACACAGGUGGCUUUUAAUCAACAGUUGUGAUAGGGAACCUAAAUAAUAUGAUGUGUACUUCCCCCCCCCAUCCCCCCAUCCCCCAAAAAAACAAACAAACAAACAGUCAAAUAGAAAACAAAACAAAACAAAACAAACAAAACACUUGUUUUCAGUGCUGGUUUUUUAGAUGGCUACUUUUUGUCUAUGCUUUUGUUUUGUUGCUGAAUUUGCACCUCUCAUCCCAGAAAUUACUAAUUCUAAUGUAGAUAUAUCCUUUGUUGUGAACAACCAUUACACACUAAUCUCUCAAUCUAUGCAUGUACCACUCUCUUUUAAUUUAUAGGAAGGGAGAAAAGUCCUUUAAAUGUUCUGAGUGGAUUGUCUUAGUUUGUGAGACUGGUGAUUCAUCCUCCACUUCCUUAUAAGAUAAUACUGUUUCAUCUUCACUGAAUUCCCUCAGUUUUAAGAGAAUGUUGAUAUAUGCCUUGGGGCCCCUUGCUAUCUGUAGAGAUUUCAACUAUCAUUUAACCUUUUAUUGCAAAAGAGUGACUGGGAUCUAACUUCUUCUUACAGCAUCACUGCUGAAUCCAAAAUUAAGGUCAUUAAAAUAAGGAACAUGAUUACAAACUGAAGAAACUUGUAAUUGCCAAACAAAUCCUCCUAAUCACUACUAUCUUGCAGGAAAUAUAAAGAUGACAGUGUUGAGAAUAUGAAUAACAGUAUUAGGGCAAAUAGGGUUUAAGAGACUGCUCCUAAACAACAUAUAAUCCAUUGUAGUUAAAAAAUUCUUCAUCUUCCUAAAUUUCAGUUCACUUGACAAAGACUGUGAUAUCAGAAAAUCAAAUUGACGGCUUAUUGAAUAUGGAUUAUGAGGAAGUGACACUUCUCAUAAAUUUGGACCCUAUAAGUGCUGCCUUUGAUACCACUUAAUAUGCCAUUCUUCUGUAUAUCAUGCAGUAGGAUUUUGGAGCCCUUGGUCCUGCAUUAAACUGAUUUGACUCAUUUUUAUGUGAUCAUUAGCAGCAUAUUUAGAUUGGUGGUAAAACUUCCCAUAACUCAACUCUUGACCAUGGAGUCAGUCAAGAUAGUUGUAUGGUUCCAAUUUUAUUUACACCUUAUAUCUCCCACCUAUUUUUUAAUUACUAUUUCUCAUCAUUUCACUUUCAUUUAUGAAUAAACUGAUGACAUUCAGAUCUACAUUUCCUUCAGACUUUGCUCUUUUCACUCAGAAAGCAACACUGUUCUGUGAUCAGAAAGUGCAUUUUGUUGAGAAAACUGAGUUAUGGCACACUUUGACAACUUUAGAAGAUAUCAAUUGAUUUAUUUGUUGUUGGUGAGGCCAUCUCUAGCCUUUAUAAAGCCUUUGAAACCUUUGGUCCUUGUUUGGUGAAGAAGGGCUUUGUGUGAACUGUAAAACAUCAGGCAGAUCAGGAAACUCUUUUCCAUACAUGAUUAUUGUGACUCAGUUUGUGUUAGUCUGCCUUAUGGAUUGUUUACAGAAAGUUCAGGAUUCUUGGGGUGAUUUUUCAGAUUGCAAAAUUUGAUCAUGUCACUCCUGUUCUUAUCAAUCUACACUAGCUUAUUGUGGAUUUCAUCCUCUGGUUUAAAUGGCACAAUUUAAGUUGCUGGUGGUUUAAAUUAAACAUGUUACCUUCUUUUUGUUUCAAAAGUCAACUGCUCUAAACUUAUAAAUUGUGCCUCUGUCAAUGCUGCUCCUCUCAUAUGGAAAUCCUUUUUUUAUCAAUUAAAACUUAGAGCAGUCUUACAGUUCUAAAAACACAGUUUGGAACAUUUAUAUUAAGGAAGGCUUGUAGUCUAUGAGUGGUAUUGAAUGUGAUGUGCUUUUGAUUAUUUCUCUUAUACUAGUAAGGCUAUACAUAUUCUUAAUUUGUUAGAUAGAGAAUAAUCUAUAGACACACUUAGGUAUGGAAUUUUCUUUAAGAGUUCAAUUUGAUGCCAACAAUUGAGAUAUCAAUUCAAACACAAGAGGAGAAACUCCAUAUCUACAAGCAACUGUGUAUUAUUUCGUUGAUGACUGUAUAUGACAGGAGUGGUGCAAACUGACAGUGAUUUCAAGUUCACAUAGAAAAUUUUUACACGGGUAUAGUUACAGCCUAAUUCUUAGGGCUAGAAAUCCUUGUAAAAACACUUUUAUUAUCAUUGAGGUAUCACAGAAGGAAAUUAGUGUUUUCGCUCAAACUGAGAAAGCGUGAAAGCUAUGCAUGCUAACCCUAUAAAAGUAUACAUUUCCUUAAAGCUUAAUGAACACUGAUUUCAGACAUAUGAUUUAUUUUCAUAAAUUUUACCAGAGUAAAGAAUGGGAGCUUAUUCAUUGAUGCCAAGACAUUUUUCAAGAUAAGUUUGUUUGACGGCAUAUUUUAAUUGACACGUUUCUUGCUGCCCGUUUUAGGAAAGAUUUCUUUUAGUUUUUUGCUUAGUCACUAGUACUACAGUACUAACGGUAUUCACCAGUACUACAGUACUAACGGUAUUCACCAGUACUGCAGUACUAUCAGUACGUAUGCUAACUGUGUCACUAGCGUACCAACGUUCUAGCAUACUAACUCCACUUCUGCGACAACCAUGACUGACCUGCGUCCUUAUGUACAAGCGCUCGAUCAGAGGACCGCAUUUCACUAGCGUACCAACGUACUAACGUACUAUCUACACUUCUCGAACAAGCACGAAUGACGUGUACCAACGUACUAGGGUUCGAUUAAAGAACUGCAUGUCUCUUGUGUACCAACGUACUAGCGUACUAACUCCACUUCUCUGACAACCAUGAAUGACCUGCGUCCUUGUGUACAAGCGUUCAAUCAGAGGACUGCAUGUCACUAGCGUACCAACGUACUAACGUACUAACUACACUUCUGGAACAAGCAUGAAUGACUUGCGUACCAACGUACUAAGGUCGAUUAAAGGACUGCAUGUCUCUUGUGUACCAACGCACUAGCGUACUAACUCCACUUCUCCGACAAUCUUGGAUGAGCCAGCCAAAAAUUUUGUUUUUACCUUUUUUAUCUACUUUAUUUACUUAUUUUCCAUUGUAAAAUGUCAGCCUGUUAGAGAAUCAGUACCUUUUUUAAUAUCCCAAACUAAAUUGUGAAUGUUGGGUUGAGGGCUUGAAAUCUUAAUCCAACAAAAACUCCACAUUCAUAGUCCAGAAACAGUUUUAGUAAUUAAGAGGCCAGGGCUCGUGUAGGUUCUUUAGCGGCUGAAAAUUUAGUUCGGGCUAUUCCAAAUUGGGGGCAAAAUCACUCAGUUAUUGUGACUUGAAAUCUUAACUUAAGAGCAUUGUGAAGAGUGUCAAAGAAAAUUCAUGUCAUUGAUUCUCGACAUAGUGACAUCCCUCACUAAUGGAGAUGUUUUCUGUUAGCAACUUUACAUUUUAAGGAUCCCUGUCUGUUGCAAAAUAUUUUUAAGCCAAUUUAUAUGCUUUCAGUCAUUAUGGGAACGUGUCUAAGUAUCGUAAAAAGGUUGUGAUUAUUCAUCGCGGUGAAUAACAAUAAAAGCUAAGUUUUUCGUUUGUCUCACGAUGUAGUCACAUGAUGUAGAUUGUGACAUUUUGACUGCAUACUGCUAAUUUUUUUUUUAGGCAAUGAGGUUGACUGGUCAUGCAUGAUCUUAUUAAGCAUGAUGCUCUGCUGUGAUUAGUUGGUUUUCAACAGCUCUGAUUGGUGCAUUUUGAUCCUUGCUUUUUCAUUCAGUGAUUUGCUCCCUUGGCGGUCUGCCGUUGCAUGGCUCUCCUGUUGUUGUGUUUUUUGAUUGUGGGCAUCCACAAUCAAAAGACUUCACCCUGACAACGUUAACAGAGACAGUGGAAUAGAAAUUCCAGAAGCGUGGAUGCCCAUGAUCAAAAAAUACAACAACAGGAGAGCCUAGUGACAGCGGACCACCAAGGGAGCAAAUCACUGAAUGAAACGGCAAGGAUCGAAAUGCAUCAAUCAGAGCUGUUUAAAAACAACUAAUCAAUCAAUCAAUCUUUAUUCCUCCAAAGAUAAAAAGACGUAUCUUAAGUUACAUCGGCAGUUAGGAGUCUGAAAAUACAUGACAUACUGUAUAGAUAUACAUAAGACAUACUAUAUGAAACAAUAGAAAGAUCAAAAAUUAUAUUUAAAGAUAAGCCUAUUUACAAUAACAUUCUUAAAUCUGUCAGUCUUUAUAUCUGGGUGAUGAGCACUUUUGUUUCUGAGUUGGUACUUUGUUUCUUUCUUCUUUGGAAUGAUGUUACUAAGUGGGCAAUCGCGAUCCACUGAAAGUACCUUGAAAAUCUUCUUAUUAGCCUUUUCUAAAAGUUCCUGAAUGUCUAUUCUCUUAGAUGUGUAUUUGCCUUUAAAGCAUCUGUCCAUAAAGUUUUGUAUGACCAUGAGAUCUGUGUCCAUAGUGCCAUAAACAGGCAGACCAUAAGUGGAGUUUAGUGAAACUAAGGCACUAAAUAGGUGGUCUACUUCACCUUGACUGAAACCUUCCUUCCGUAAAGAUCUUAAUACAAACAGACACUUAUUUGCCUAAAUCAACUUAGCACAUACAUGUUUGCUCUAUUUACAAUUCUCCUGAAACGUAACACCUAAAAUGGGCAGCUUCGUGCAUUGCCGAAUGUUAUUAACUUGCGCAAUAUCCUGAAUAAAACCUUUCUUGCGAAAAAUAAUUUCUUUACAUUUCGACAGAUUACAAAUCAUAUUACUUUCCUUAGACCAAACCAAAAACCAAUCCACCAAAUCCGUACAUCAGUGGUCAUUACUCCAAAUGGGAACAAUGAGAGUAGAGUUGUCUGCGUAUUUAAACAGGGCUGGGUGAUUAUCUAUGCUGAUUUCCAAAUCAUUAAUAAAAAUACUAAAUAAGUAUGGACCACUCACACUACCCUGUGUUGUGCCCCUGUUCACACAUUUCCAUUGUCCCUGAAAACUAUUAUAAAUAAUGCACUGUUGACGAUUCUCAAGAAAGGUUAAAUACCAAUUGAUUAUGAAUGGAUUUAACGAUAUAUCCUUAAGCUUAUAGGACAAAAGUUUAUGAUUAACACUAUUGAACGCUUUACUGAAAUCCAUGGCAAGCAAACGCACGGCUUUACACUUAGGGUCAUUUAGAUAACUAUAGAUGGUGUGCUGCAUACUGAGGAGUGUGUCAAUACUGCUCCCCCUGUCCUGUAGGCAAACUGAGUUGAGCUCAGAUGUUGCUCAACAGUGUCCCUCACGUGAAUGUUAUAAACAGACUUUUAAAAUGCACGUGCAAUUACAGGGGUGAUGUUGAUUCCUCUGUAGUCUAUCUUUCCCUUGGGAACAUCAACCUUGGGAGGGGGUUCAAGUGAGCUCUUUUCCAUGAUGAGGGUCAGGUACUGAACCUCGGGGAUAAGUUCCAGAUCUUGCAAAUUAAAGGUGUAAAAAUUUCCGUGUGGUCUCUCCAUACCCAGAAUGGUAUGAGGUCUGAUCCAGUGGCAGUUUUCUUCAGGUGCUGCAAACAAUUCCAUACCUGUCUUUCUGAAAUCUCAGGAACUUGAACUCCUCUCUCAAGUUGGGCAGGUGUAGGCUGUUUAUACGCACUGUCUCGACAAAAUUCAGCAAAAUAAUCAUUCAGCUCAGCCAAAGAUUGCAUGUCCAAUGUAACCAUGGCCGAGGAACACUGGUGCUGUGACAGGCUAUCCAUGUGUUUCCACCACUUCCCAGCUCCUACAGGUGCUUGAAGGAGAUUUCUCCUGUUCUCACUGAUAACUUCACUUAUUCUCCUGUUAAAUUCCCGAAGCUGAUCCCCCCUGUUUUGACCAAUCCUGGAUUUAGACCUCAUCAGGGACUUGAGAGGGGGUGUUACCCACACCGGAUCAUGCGAUGAGAUGCAAACUGUUCUGAAUGGCAUGCACUUAUCCACGUUUUUGUGAAUAAGAGUUUCUAAGUUAUUCACAGCCUCAUCCACAUCGUUUGUUCCCAAGACACUAUCCCAAGUCUCUCCCACAAUUUCUAAGUAUAACACCUCCUUUCAGUGUUUUCUGCAAUCCCAGAUGCGAAUUUUUUGGAAAACAGGUUUGAGGUUUGAUCCCACUGGUAAAAUGACCGCCAUGUGAUCCGUUUUUAUUGAUAUAGAAAAUGAAGCACAUUUCCCAAAUUAGUCCGGUCGAUUUGUAAGGACAUUAUCCAAGUAUGCAACACCCUUAGUUGGAAAGUCCUCAAGGAAGUUCCAUGCUGUCAAUUGACAAAGAUCAUUUACCUCCAGUUGGUUAGUAUCGCUGCCCAAGACAAUGGUCAAUCCAGGGUGUUGAUCUAAAGCAUUGUCCACUAAAUGAACAAGGUAUUGUAGAAAGUCCGAAUGCCUGUAUGUUGGCUGGGGCAGGUGGUACACUCCACACACUUCUGAUUUAUAGCAAUCAAUUAUGUCCAAGUCACUCCUUGCAAAUAUAGUGAUUCCACCUUUACAUCUGCUAUCCAGGCCUAACCAGUUCCUAUCUUGUCUAAAUAUUUUGUAGCUGGGUAUGUUAACAAUAGUGUCCAGCAUUCCUGGCUUAAGAUGGGUCUCAGAAAUAACACAGAUAUCAAUGUCUUUGUUAUUCAAAUCUGCCUCCAGUGCCACAGCAGCUCAAACGUGGUUCUUAGUCUUGGCAAGGCUGCAAAUAUUUGUAGAUAAAAAUUUAGGUACCAUAAAUUCUGAGCUGGAUUUGUUAGUCGUAGGAUCCACUUGUCUAGCAAUAGGGACAAGGUUUGCUCUAGCCAUGCCAUUAACAGGACAGCAGUCGACACUCCAAUGACUGAUUUCAUCCCUCCUAUUAGAAAUCUUGACUGGAAUCCUUUGUCGACAGCCUCCUCUAGAUCCUCUAUAUCUUAAGAUGCCAAGCAACUUAAAGGAUUGAAGCACUGAGGGGCUAACAGAACUUCAGUACUGGUGACAGAUAUUCAGCAAACAAACUCAGGAGUAUGUUGUUUUACUCGUAUCGCUCCCUUGCGGGUUCAGUUCAUCUAGUUGAUCUGUGGUCUCCCUCAUAAUAUCUCCUGGUCCAAGAUUACUUUCUACAUCCAUAUAAAUCGUUCUAUUUAGCAGCAGAUCAUGACCAGGUACAGCAAAUGUGGUGAAGCCAUGCUUCAUCCAUCUUGUCAACAUAACCCUAGUCUGACCGAAUCCUGGCCGAGACAAAAUUACUUUUGCUGGAGCCAACCUGCUUGAAACCAAUAAAGGUGUGGAAACUCUGUUUCCCUUUCCAAGGAGCGUCAUGUACCCUAUAUUCAAGAAGCUAAUCAUAGCAGAGCAUCAUGCUUCAUAAGAUCACGCAUGACCAGUUGACCUCAUCACCUGAAGAAGACUACCAGUAUGCAGUCAAAGCAUCGCGAGUCUAAGUAUGUUAUGAACAAGCAGCUAUACAAAUCACAUCUUUUCUUGUCUGGUAAAGCACUUGAAGUUGCUUUUAUUACGUGCAUCAUGUGUUAACUUUUGAAAUGGCCAUGUAAGUGGGUCCUUAACUAAUACAAGUGACCCGAUUAAGAAAUGCAUGGGUAUGCUCAACAAAGGGAAAAAUUGUCGACUACAAAUGGUUACUUUUGUGAACAUCAAACAAAGUGUUUGGUGUCCAUAAAUUUUGCUUUCAUUACAAGACAAGUACAUGUCUAUUCUACCCUUAAACAGCAGCAGCAGCAACAAUCUUUAUUUGUAGUCUUUCCUGAUUAACCUACCAGUAAUACAUAAUUAUAAUGAACAAUAAAUAGUUGUAAACUCUUAAGUGAUGUGGUUGCUUUGGAUAGAGCACCCAACUGACUGUGAUAUUGAUAUCAUAUUAAAUUGUGAUAGGUCCUUUGGAAGAAGGAGAGAUAUGAGAAGAAUCUUAAGCAGAAACAGAGCUUUGUUGAUCUUGGAUGUGGAAAUGGAUUCCUGGUUCACAUUCUCAGCAAGGAAGGGGUAUGUGUUUUUCUUUUUUUUGUGAAAUUUCAUCAUUAAGCAUUUCCUGAUAAUUAAGCACAGACCCCAUGGAAUAAGAUAUUUAGCAAAAUUUUGCUAUUGAAAGGAAUUGAACUGGGCAAUCACUUUUUUAAGUCAUGAAAGAUGCACAAAUAUUGCAGGAAAGUUAGUUAAAAUUAGACAUAACUAAAGCAAUUACUCUAGAUUCCUUGGGGAUAAGUUGUAUAAUAAACAGGCUAUUUUACAUGCAAGGUCAUAAUAACUGGUGUUUUUAACUAGUGGUUUUGAUGGGAAGCAUUUGAGUAAGUUUCAAAGCUGCAAGGGGAAUAAAACACAAAAAAAUGCCUGCUAGGCAGGUUAUUCAAAUGCAACACCAUGUGCAGUUGAAACCCACAUUUGCAACUGCCUGUACAAUAAUAAGAGUGAUUAGGUCAGUAAUGUCAAAGCAGCUGUUGCUGAAGGUAUAAGGAAAGUGUGGGUUAUGAAACAAUUAGAUUUUCCAAUACUUGUUACAACUCUCAUACAGUAAUUACCUUUACAGACAAGAAAAGUUGACCUUAUUAAUGUAUUUCAAAAAAUAGGAUCCACAAUUUCCCCCCCCUCCCCAAAAAAAAUCUCAAGCUCAAGAUGAUAAAAUACGUUGUCAUAGGCUAUGCUCAGUGCAUAAAAACUAGUUUGAUGUAUUCAUGUGCUAUCUUUUACAACAUCUUUGAACUAACUAGACUUGAUGAUUUUAAUUUUUAAUCGAGAUUCACCUUUCACUGGUGGAUCCAUCUUAUUUUUUCUACAUUAUUGGAUCAGUUGAAUAUUUUUACAUUUCAGCAUCCAGGAAGUGGUAUUGAUGUGCGUCGACGUAAAAUUUGGGAUAUGUAUGGUGGAGACACCUCACUCCAGGUUUUUUAUUCAAAGUCACUUAAAUCCUUGAUAAGCAUUAUAUAUAUAUAUAUAUAUAUUGAUUAUAGUCUAUCCUUGCAGUAUAGUGCUCAAUGUGUCCGUAGAGCAUGGUAUAUCUAAAGGUUGAACUAAUCAAUAAAAAAUAACUUUUCUGUGACUCUGAGUUUCACACUUACCUGAUCAUCAGAUGGAUUUUAAUGAAGUGUAUACCUCACUACAGAAAAGUUCCGUUUGACGAGUGCUUAGGCGUGAAACUCAGAGUCACAGAGAAUUGAUGUGUCCUCUUUAAUUCUUUAACUUGUGUAUACUUCGCUCUGCUACCACAGCAUUGAGCACUUUAUGCCAAGGUAGACUCUACCCCCACAUUCAUAUAUAUAUAUAUAUAUAUAUAUAGUACAGGUAAAGUGGGGAGUCAACGAUUCUUUUAGAUGGUGGAAGGUUCUUUUGUAAUUUACAAUGGGGGAGUUGGCAUAGUUAACAGUAAGAAUGAACAUGAUAAUAGGAACUGACUAGAUUUUAUCCUGCAUAAGAAAAAACAAAUGCAUGGAGUGGACCAACAAAGAUUAUAAUUUUUGGACUGUGGGAACCAAAAUUCCGUUUUCCAGAGAAACCAAAUAACUCACUCUACUUUCUCGAAUUAAAGGUUUAAUCUUCACAAAAUGUUGUACACAAAUCAAAAUCUCCCCUCUCUCAAAACGUCACCGAUGCGUAUUUUCCACGAGGUACGUAAUUUGAACCGAGGCUCACAAUUUCAAAACCAGGUUGUCAGUCACGCAACCCCCCCAAAAAAACAGUCAUGACACCCUCCCCCCAUUUAAGUGUUAAUCAGCUUAAAUGUUCUUAAACUUCUUGUGAAACAAUGUCCUUGAUUCUCUCGUUUGCAAUCUCCUUGGAUCUUCUACUUGGUCUCAAUCUUGGUCUGGGUUUGGCUGGCAGUCAGGAUCCUCUCCUCCAAUUUCUAGUUUACAUAUGAGUUGCAAGGGACGCUCCACGAUGUAACCAUUCCCUUGUUUAAGCUUCAAUCCUCAGACUGUUCCAUCCUUGCCUGUGACCUUUCCUACCACUCGUGCAAGCUUCCACAGUGCUCUAUUCUUGGUUUCAUCUUUAAGCAACACCAGCGCUCCUGUGUUUGGGAUUUCGGCAAUGUUACUGGUGGGCAGUUGCUGUCUUUCUUCAAGGGCAUGCACAUACUCCUUCUACUCCUUCAAACAUGUUCUUUGCUUUUCUGCAGAAACCUCAUUUGUCUGGUUACUUCUUCCUCUCCAAUCUUCUCAAGAUCCUCCUCUAAGAUGGGGUUUGGCCUCCCUCUGAGUGACAUGUUUGGGGUGAACACUGGUUGCUCAAAUUCCUCUCCCUGAUAAAACAAUGGCCUGUUGUUCAUGUAGAUUUCGAUGUCUAACAGGACUUCUUGCAACUCUUCAUAGCUGAGUAGACUUCAGCCAAUCACUUUAGACAUACACCUUUUCAUAAUGCCAAUUAGGAACUCAAAGAAGCCUCCCCACCAGGGGGACAUCCUCGUCUGGCAGUAAAUUCCUUUAAGGCUCACUGAAAUUAUGUGGUGGACAGAUUGCGACAUUGCUUCAAAUGGACUGCUCUGAUGCUAGCACAAGUGAACAGUGCGAUUUAUGCCUUUGCUGUACUUGACUUUGUAAUCUUAUAGUACACUGGUCCUGCAAAAUCUACCCACGUCACAACAAAAGUGUCUGAUAGUUCAGUUCUGAAAAGUGACAAUCUACACUCCAAGAUAAGUGAAGUGGACAAUGGCUUCCACCAAUAGCAUUGGCAAACUGUACAGUCUUGUAUCACCUUCUUAGUCAGCACUCUUAACUUGGGUACCCAAAACUUCUCUCGCAUGCGACAUAAGGUUAUUGAGACUCCCCUGUGCAUCAUGUGCUCAUGGAGUUGUUUCACAAUAAGGAAGGCUAGCUUGCAACUUCAGGGAAGAAAGAUUGGGUUGUAAUCCUUCACUCUUCCAAAACAUCUUAAUAUUCCAUCCUCAUCCUUCUUCAGUGCAACAUCUGACUUGACAUCCUGAGAUGCCUGGGCCUGGUGAAGCCAGUACUUCUCUGCUGCUUGUGUUUCUUCUGUUGUCAAUGGUCCCUUCUGUUUCUCUUUCUUCAUCUCACAAUGGUAGUUAUCCUCAGAAGCUUCUGAUAAGAUGCAUACUUGUUAAGAAGCUGAUCCACAAUUGGAUUUUUCUUUUCUUCUUUGGCAAGAAGCUGUUUCUCGAACUUAGGCUUCACACUCUCUUUUGCUGUUUCAAACACCUCUUUUGCUGUUUCUGACACCUCAGGUUGCUGUGGCCAUUUUCCCAGACAACUUAGCCAGUCUGGUCCUUUAAACCAAAGCUCUCCCAUCUUACAGGGCUCUGUGCUUCUACUUCCUUGGUCUCUGGGAUUGUCUUUUGUUGGGACAUGGUCUUUACAGUCUCCCUUGAAAGCUGUUAUCAUAUAUUUCUGCAGUUUAACCACUUGAGGUUUGCUUAUCUUUUGCAUAGCUUUUCUCUUUGAGUGCCAUUUCCAACUCAAACUUCUUAUGAAACCAGUCUUCUUCUCACUUGUGUAUUUCUUUUUUCUCUAAAUUAUCCAAUGCAUGCUUGAGCUUAUUCCUUAACUUGUGCACUGGUAUUAACUCUUCUUUACAAACGUGUGCCCAAACUUUCACCUCUUAAAGACUCAUUUCUGCAUCCAACAUUGCGUCCUUCACAUGGUCCACCGAAUCCUCAAGGCUUUUACAAAUCCCGCAAAUUUUCUCAUAAGCCAACAGCAAAUCUUCUUUUACCUCCAUAGUCAUGUUUUCUUUUAUCUCCUGGACAUAGUAGGUUGCCUUUUUCCACUCCUUAGCGUAGUUCUUCUCAGCUUCAGCUUUAUCCACCAUAUUUGUAGAAUUUCUCACUAGAUUUGUUGAUAGCUUUGUUAUUCAAUUCCCUCAAGAUUCUUGCACUCUUGCUCACAUGUAUUGCUGUCCUGACAGGGUCGCCACUUUUGGUGUGGGAACCAAAAUUCCGUUUUCCAGAGACACCAGAUAACUCACUUUAGUUUCUCAAAUUAAAGAUUUAAUCUUCACAAAAUGUUGUAUAUAACUCAAAAUCUCUCCUCUCUCAAAAUGUCACCAAUGCAUAUUUUCCAUGAGGUAUGUAAUUUGAACCAAGGCUCACAAUUUCAAAACAAGUUUGUCAGUCAUGCAACUCCCAAAAAAAACAGUCACAACAGGACCAUGUCGACGACAGAAUCGCAAAAAGCAGCAGAAUGCAGUUAAAACAAAAGAAAACAUAUACAACUCUCGUGGGUUUAUUGUGCUACAUAGUUGGCUUCCUUUGCUGGCUCUCAAAGUAAGCCACUCAUUCUUGACUCUUGGUAAGGAACAAUAUCUUUUGUAUACUAUAUUCAGCCAUCUUCACCACACACUUGAUUGAUAAUGCUUAUAUCACCUCUCACAGCUGAUUGAUAAUGCAUAUGUCACUUCUGAACUAACCAAUCAAUGAGCAGGAAAAAGCACUAGUCACUUUGGCUCAGUUUUUUGAAGGAUGGACAAUGCUAUCCAAUGGAUAGAUUGCUUUCUAGCAAAUAAGUAUUAACUAAAUGUAUUGUGCUGUCCACCAGAUAGAGAUUUAUCAAGCGGAUCAGGUUAUUCACCUUUUGAACAACUGGGGCCUUUAUGAUAUGUACUAAUCAGCAGCCUUUGUGUCGCACUUAUUAUGGCUUUUAUAUCCUCAGGGCCAGUUGUUUACAAAAGGUGGAACCCAAAUUAUUGUCUUAUGUAAUGAUUGGGCCUCAGGUUUUCUCUCUAGGAGGGUUGCUUUGAUUAAAUAAAUGUCCCUCCACUGAUAGCUUUUGGCCCUCUUGACGCUGUUCAGAAGGUUCAGCUAAAUUAAGGAUAGUUUAGGACGUGGUUUUCUUAAACAAGGGCUGACCUCUGCUUAAAUAACUAGCCCAUAGUCUUUUUAAUUAAUAUUAUCAUAUUUUUUUGAUUAAUGAAAUUUCUGGAUUGGAUGUAAUCCAAUCUGUAAUCUUAGCCUCUGACCAGCAAUGUUCCAUUUACAGGAAAAGGCAGUGAAUCCUACUUUACCUGGUCUGUUUCCAGAUGUCGACUGGCUCAUUGGCAAUCAUUCUGAUGAACUCACUCCCUGGAUACCUGUAAUGGCUGCUAGGUGGGUUUAUCUUGUGAUGAUCAGAAAGGAUUUGAUGUUCAGUACAUUUCACUUUUGAGGCUUUGACGAAUAGUUCUAAGUAUUAUCAUAUGUUUCUUCAUUGUCAAUGCAAUAGUAACAUAAUAAUAAGGUGAAGGGGCUAACCCAGAAGCCGUGUGGUUCCCCUAUCGUCUGGACUCCAACAAUGAUUACCUUUGCUUCUUUUAAUUCCGCCUGUUAAUUAUAAAUAAUUUUCUUACUUCAAUGCAAUUCCAUUUUUAAGACUUUCGUUUAAUACAAAAAGGCAUUCAGCAUUUCAGGUAAUUUUUGUUUGUCAUCCCACAACAUAUCUAUUGAGAUAUUUCUGCAUGGAAAAUUGUUUUGAAAUGCUUAUCAUCUUUUGUUGUACCAGGGCAAGAACUGAAAAGAUUGUCUUUGUAAAAUGCUCUCAUUAAAGAAAAAGAAUUUUUCCCUCAGGCUUUAUGAUGGGCCCAUCACACCAAUUAACCCUUUAACUCCCAUGAGUGCAUGACAAAGACAGAAUUUCUCCAUACAACAUCAAUACAAUAUCAACGAUAUAAGUGAUGAGAAUAAAGAAAAAAUCUCAAUUUGGGGUUAAUUAGUUGAUCCAAUACUAAAUUCCCAGAGCUAACAUUAUAAGUAUUGUAUGGUUGAUAGUAAGGAUAAUUACAAAUUUGAUCUGGGAGCUAAAGGGUUUAGAUAUUUCUGUUAAGAAAACUUUUGUUUUUAAUGGCAUGCAAUCCUGAAAUGAUUGUAAGAUGUUUAUCGUCUUGUGCUGCCUUCAGUAGUGUCACAGCAUGAACUGGAAACAUAAUGGGCUAGUGGCUGUAAGCCAGAAACAACCAAAAGGGAGAACUCAACUGUGUAUCAAGUGUGAAUGCUGAAGAUCAAAGAUUACUUUGAAACAAACACUAAGUAGCAUUGGUUCCAGACAGGGUUAAACUCACUCACUCACUCACUUGCCUCAAUGAAAAAUGUGACUUCAACUCCUACAGGUGACAGUAGCAACAAAAAAGUAUGCGCACUUUUUUUAUUGGAAUCCUAUUGAGCCAUCAUGGUAUAAAUCUCCAUCUAUGCACAGCAGAGUGUAUAUAGCAUGAUGUGGGCAUUUUGCCAAGUUCCAGUCCAGUGCAGCUGCAACUUAUAAAACUUUUAAGAUGGUUUUACCAUUCUGUCCUGAUUUAUAUAGACUUUUAGAGCUUUAAAUGAUUUCAGUUUGAAUAUUAUUUUGUAUUUUUGUAUCUUGUGUUUUGCAUACCACAAAAUUGAAAAAGCAGUAUUUUUUGUGCACAAGCUGGUUCAUGCUUUUUUCUGUGUUAAAGAAGUAAGACUUAUCUUAGGCUGCUUUCUGGAACUCUUAUGCUUCUCUCAUGCUUUCCAAAUUUUCAGUGUGGGUUCAUACCUUGAUAUACCCACACCAAGCAUAAACCAACCAGUGAAUGUUUUUGUUGUAUGUCUUGUCAACACUGUCAUCACACUCACAGUCCAUGAUGUUAAUAAUCUUAGUUAUACCCAAUACUAGUGCCAUCCCACCUUUCGACCUUGAGGACCAGAGACACAGACCAUCAUUUCACACAUCAAAGCCAUACUUAAUACUAUUUCACAUGUUCAUCAGACAUCAGGCCCUAUCUGAUCUUAAUAUUUUGGUAUUUUGUAAAAUAAAAUAUUUCUUUGUCACUUGAUAGGUCAUCAACCAUGGCUCGAUAUUUCCUUCUACCAUGUUGCUUGUUUGACUUUAACUGUAAGGUGAGUAAUUAUACAUCCAGUACUGACUUAAGUUAUGCAAUUAUGUGGUUACUAAGAUUGUUUGUGCUUCAUUCUGUCGUGAUAGUCAUUAAACUUGAUUUAACCUUUCAAACCAGUAUUGCUACUUUUGCAAAAGUGUACAGGGGCUUCUUUUUCUUUUUUUUUUUUCUUACAUGCUUUCUAAUUGACAGGUGUCAGAUCAUGUGAGAUACCUACAAACAAAAUGUUUUGAAAUUUGCUUGGAAACCUUUUAAAUCACCCUUAUCAUUACACAAAUAAAAAUGUUUUGGUAAAGCCUCCCUUUCUAAUUCGGAUUACCUCUGUUUUUUUCUACCACCUUUAUCAGGGAGUUUUAUCGUGAUACUCAAUCAUAAGUCCUCCUUUGAACAGAAUUGCAAAUUUGCAUGCGUAAAAUUGUAAUUUUUAAUGCAAGGGCAGGACAUUUGUCACUUUACCAAUACAGUUCACGCCUGUCACUCAAUUUUUUUCUACUGUGCCAGCUACAAAUAUAAACUUUCUUAUCUGUUUAUUUUUACCAGUUUAACAGGAAAAAUAGCAAAGUGACGCAGUAUCGAGAUUACCUGGAUUUUGUGUACAAUGUGGGAAAAACAUGUGGCUUUCAGGUAGAAGAAGAUUCAUUGAGGAUUCCUUCUACCAAAAGGGUAAUAAUUUAAGUUACAUAAUUAUAUGUUGAAAUUGUCCUUUAAGGGUGUGAUUAGGCAGAUCAGCUUCUAAGCUGCUGAGGAAUAAGUCAAACCAUGCACCUAAACCGUUUUGUACCAAAUCUCAGGGGGUAGCAACAUGGUUGAGAUUCUUUGUUUUUUGUGACAUAUAAUGCGUCAUGCCUUGCUCUUGAUGAAUUAGCAUUAAGGUAUUUGAUAAGUGAUUUAUGUGAAGCUGACACCGUGAGAAUCACAAAAAGCUAAAUUUUUUCACCUCAAGGCUAGGGAGGAUUGUGUUACUUUCACAAUUCUACAUACUUAGGUAAGUAAAUAGCUAAGUGGUGCCUUCUAAGUACUGUUAUGAUAAAAAUAUCCUUUUUGGGCUCAAAAAGAAAGAAGGUAUGCUGAAGCUGAGAUUAUUUCUAUUUUAACGCAAGGGUUGUUAAGUCUGAAGUACUUGAAAAUGAUGUUUCAACGUCAUGAAUUGAGCUCAUAGGAGCUGUAGUAACCUUUAGGAUUUUGAAUGUAUUUAAAUUUACCUGAAGUAAAUUUAUGGCAUCUCAAAUGGGAACCAAAAGUAACUCUGAAAAAUUUUUAAGUCCCUUGAUUGAAAUGAAGCUUUUUAAACCCAGUUCAAUGAUCCUACCACUCAGUAAGUAACAUUCUUUAGUUUCAAUUUCUUUAACUGAUUCAACAUUAGUUUUGUUAUUACAAAUCAUUAUUUUGUUUCUCCAAGAAGUCCAAAUUUAUGGCAUGCAUCUGCCUUUACUUCAUACUGAACCUUUCACUUGUUUUUUUAUUGGACUGAAAGAGUGCAUUUCCUUCUGCUUAAUUACACAAUAUAUAACUCCCAACCACACUUAUAACAAAUUGAAAAUAAAAAUGACAAAAAAUAUUGCAGAAUGGCAAAAAAUAAAGCCACUUGGCUUUGUGAGCAGGCAAAACAGAGAACAUGGAAGAGACAGGGAGAAUCAAUAAAAACAAAAAUUAGAUACAAAAGAGGGAGAAAUAUGGGAACUUUCUAUCAAAACAAAUGUGUUGAUGUACAACAAUGAGUGGUUUAAGAUACAGUCGACCAAGAGAGGAUCAUAUGAUCCUGACUAAGUGGAACCUAGUCUCAACUCUGUACUUAACAUAUCACCCCUAAGAAUUAAUCCAACAAAGCCAUGAUCUCAAUUGAGUUGGGUAUGUUUGUACCAAGCUGAGAGUGUUCAUUACUAAUGUUUUCAGGAAAUCAACAGCUCUUUUAACCCAUUUUGUCUUACUCCUACAUCAAGAUGGAGAAACAUAUACUCUUAAAUCUCAGGCUAUUACUUUCAAGCUGUAUCAACAAUAGCCUCUAUUUGGCACCAAAAAUUUGUAGGGAUUCGUCCACAAACAUUAUCUGUUUCAAGAUGCAAACAGUUUCCCGAGAGUGAAGCUUGAGGAAAACUGUGAGCCUUGAGGAACAGAUAAUAAAUAUCUGGUCAUAUUUUCAAGCAAAAUAGAGGCUAUUGAGUUCAUUUGCUUUCAAGUAUUUUGCAAUGUACAUAAAAAAUGUUUACAAACAGCCUACUGUAUGCAGCAUCGAAUGUUUUCUUUUGAGUGUUUUCUGGUACGACUUAAUGAACAAAGAAGAUUUUCCUUCUUCAGUAACAACCAAAAAACCCUCACUCAUCUUGAAUUAAAUUUCAAAUGAAGGCCUAGAGGACAUAAAGGUUUGAAAAUUGGGCAAUACUGCUUGGAUAUCACCCAGUUAAAGCUAGGGGAUAUUCAUUUUCAUGCUGUGUUUGGACCAAUUGUGCACAAGCAAAAAUAUUUGAUGGAUCACAAAAAGUCAUAUCUGGUGAGGCACAGUGUUUCGGCGUACCCAACAGUGUCAUUUAUUUUGUUGGACCAUUGAUCAGUUUGGGACCAUCAACCCUUCAGCUCAUUGCUACUCUUCAUGCUGGGUUUGUUUGUGCUUCUCAUGAAUUCUUUCAUCUAUGUUUAAGGUUUGAUUUGUAUUUGUUAUGCAUAGGUUAACUUUCUGCCCACCUUAUGAUUUUAAGCUAUUUGCUCACUUUGCCCUCUUAUUAAGAUAUUCGUGUGGGCUUAAAUGACCUCAAGGCCAUACACAGCAAUUAGGAUGGAGGUGACACCAUUCCUUUUCAAACAAAGAAACUGGUGGAUAGAAAGCCUUCUUUCUUCUGAUUAUGGUUCCCACAAAGCCUCUUGAUCCAAAAAGAUCUCUUGAGAUGAUUGUUCAAUAUUUUUCUUUCCUAGGGAAUUUAUCCAAGUACCAGCUAAAACUUCUUUCAUUUCUUUCAAAUUGUAAUCCCAAGACAUACCAUGGCAUAGGCUUAAAUUGUAAACCAGAGUCCAAUGGAAAAUUGCGGCAGAAAAACCAUGAAAAUUUAAGGCUAGAGACUCCUACAUUAUCCUUUUUCAGGGCUAAAAAAUUAACUCCAGUGCUUGGUGGCCAGCCAGGCAAGUUUCCUUGAAUUCUUAGUGGCCCAUCCCAAAAUGAAGAAGCCCUCGAUUUCCUCUAUUUUAAAAUGAAAAACUUGAUUAGAUGCCUCAUGGCUUUGAACAGAGCAUUAACUAAAAGGAAAGAACACAUCACACACAGAACUCUGGCUAAGUCCAGAGUCACGUGGCAAUCACAGACUCAAAAUGGCGUCUAUACGUUGUGAAUGUGGAUCGCUCGUGAAAUCACUGUUAAAACGACUCAGAAUUUCCCCUUCAGAACUAAAAAUUUACUAAAAUGGAUGAUCUUAGAGUCCAAGCAAAGAAACGAAGAGAAGGGUAGUCCAAUUAAACUACAUAUUGAGUUUUAUUUUUAACUUUGUACUUCACAUAAUUUACAUUGCAACUUUUCCAAAUUCUGCAGCAUAGUCGCACAUCAGGCAUUCAAACCUUAACUUUUGGUGGCCCUGGUCAGUUUUAACUUGCCACUGGCAGCCAUACGACCACCAAUGUUUGGCCCUGCUGUUUGCUCCAAAGCAUUAGCUGUUUCAAACUCCUAUUAGGACUGUGGCUGUAUUCAAUGCAAUGUGAUAUUAUGAGAUAAACUUUAUAUGUACUAUGUAUAAAGUAGAAUUUCAAUAAAACUGUGUAAAUGGUGAUAAAUGUGAAUAUUACUAAUUUCCAAAAAUAAAGGUAAUUUAAGUAAAAUUAAAAAAAGAAUUGAAGCAUCCCAUCUUGAAAAGCACGCCUUUAAUGCUAAAUGAUGCUAAAAUAUGAACCAAAGAAAUGAUCAGAUAAAUGAGGAAAUGUGCAGGAAAGCAUUUACAGAAGCACACAAAACAGGGAAGGAGUCCAUUUACUUAAAUACUCUCAAAUAUCAAAAUAAAAUUCUUUCUAUUUACAAUAGUAGAACUGGUACCUUGUACCAUUACUUACAAAUCACAGAUACAAACAAUGAAGUUAAAUAUGUUCAAUGUGACAAAAUUUUUAUUUCCUGUCUUUACCUUGUUUUACAAUUAGAUCUGUCAUAUUGGACGACCAAGAACAUUCACUGAGAACAAUGAUGACCUACAAAUCAUAUCAAUUAAGGAUAUGAUACAAGAGAGAGGUUGCAAUCUUGAUGAUGAACAGCCCCCUGAAACUUUAAGGAAUAUUCCCUCCCAAAAUCACAUAACACCUAAUCAACAUGAAGGUAGAGGGGCUGUUGACAUCCAACGGCAGCACCAUGAGCAUCAUGCUACUGAUGCCUUGCUGUGUAGAGGGAGAGGAAACACCAGCAUUCAAACGUUUGCCACCAAGUCUUACUCAACCUUUUCUAAACAAGCACCUACCAGUUUUCAGCCUCGUGCUCAGAAGGAAUCAAUACGAAACUGUACAACUUUAGAAAGAUCUCUCAAAGAACAUUUUGUCAAUGGUGUAGCAAGGUAUUUGUUGGGUUUACCUCUUUCAAGUGAUGACUUUUUGAGCCCUUCAAGCUCAAUUUCAGAGGUUGAAAAAAGUGGUAAAUGGCGAAAAGGAGGUAAGGAAUACUCAUUAGCUAAUCAUAUCAAUACUAGCAAAUAAUUUUGCGAAGUUCUUUCUGUGUAACAUUGAAAUGUGGGUAGUAGUCCACACACUCCAAAUGAUUGUUGUCAUCUUGUUGAGGGUGCAAAUCACAGAUUUUUGUCUCAUUUGAAGGGCUUAAAAAAAGGUAAGUUAUGUUGUAAUGUGAAGUUCUUGGGACUCGUGCCUCAAUGCUCUUCUUUGAAGCCAUGGUUUCUGUAUCUAGUCUCAAAGUCCUUUUCUGUAAGUCCAAUGUAUGUUUCAGAGGUGCUGUUGUCCUUACGUGUGAUGGUGGCUUGGUAGGUUAAAGAUGAAAGCUUUUUCUUGUCUAUUAGGGCAAGCACUUUCCGAAAGACUACGAACUUAGAAAAUCUUUAAUCGUAACACAGUCAAGAUCAGUUACAGCUGCAGGAGUAACCCUAAACAGAUCAUCGACAACCACAGCAAACACAUUUUAAAUUCAUCCAAACACAUCAAUGACACUGCAAACUCAAAGCUGCAACCUCAUGGUUACAUUGAAAAGUAUUUAAACUGUGGAAUGGUACUUGAUGUCCAUAUUUGCAGGCACAAAACAAGAACAGAGCUAAACAAUAAGGCAGUGCUUUGUGAUUUGAUCAAGGCAAUGGACAUACUUUUGGAAUGUGAACAAUAACAGCAGAGUAUGCUGUCUUUUUUAGGCUCAAAAUACCUUAAAUCUCCAGUCAAUCAUGAGAAUUGAAAAAAAAUAUAUGUAUCUAUAUAUUUGAAAUGUUAGUUAUAUUCAGCACUUUAUGACUGCUUAUUUAUAGCCAUGAAAGUCAGACAGAACCAUGAAAAAGUAGGUCCGAUGGUAUAUAUACCAUCUCACUAACAAAUGGCUAAAACAACCACACAAUUUGUCCAUUCCUGGGGUACAAUGGUACGACUUAGAGUCAUGUUUGAUGCAUACAUCUGGAAGAGUUUACUACCAAAUGUCACUUUUCUUAAAGUGUUGUUUUGUAACUAGUGUUUUUGAAAUAUGCAACAAAGCCUUUCUGAAAUUUCCGAGUUACUGUGUUGUUCACUAUGUUCAUUGUAAAGUUGUUUCAAACAAGAAAUUAUAAGAGGCCAUUGGUUCAUGAUUUAUGCAGUCCUCGAAAACUGGUCUUCUUGACCACAGUUAAAUGGUCCUCCUUUUUCAUUUUUCACCCUCAUUAAUUUGAUAACUUGAUUGAUAUCAUAUAUCUAAACAAAUGGGCACUUGAAGCAAAAAAUUGUGCAAAGGUGAAACAGACUCAAAAUUUUAAAAGCAACUAUUGUACUCUGCUUUUAAAAAAAUUCCUCUUCAAUUAAUUAUCAACACCUUUUCAAUGAGAAAAGACGGUAUAUUAAAUAUUUUUAAAUUGCAACAUUUUUGGAAAUGGGUGUAGACAUACAAUCGUACACCAUUUUAAAAAGAUUUCAAUUGAAAAAAAUAUAUAUCUAAUUACCUUUCCUCAUCAAAUCAUAUAUUUUAAAAUUUCAACGUUUUUUAAAAUGGGUGUAACUUUGAAAUGUAAUGAAUUCUGUUUUUACAACCUUGAAUUCUGCAGUUGGAGGUGAAUUCAAUGCAUUUGAUGGAGUAAACUUCAGACACUAUAAAGAAAAAACACUAAUUUCAAAUUAUGUUUGUUCUUAGGGCUCUUUAGACAAAUGUUAGUCAAAAACAAGACAAAUCUUUUGCUAGUUAAUGUGCAAGAGGUCCAACUGUUAGACAAUAGUAUACCAUUUACAGUAGUUCCAAGUUAUUGUUAUGUGAUUACUCCAUGCCACCAUUUUGAUGUCAUUAUAUGAAGCAAAUCCCAUGUUCUAAUUGGCUACUGAAGCAAAAAGGACCCAUCUUGCCUGCUCAAGAUUGCAUACUUUUAUCCAGCACAGGAAAAAUUACAUUUUGGAUGGACAAAAUCCAUAUUUUUUUUUCAAGUAUGUGGGCAAAGGAGUGGCCAAAAUGGGCAGAAGACAGCCAAAACAAAAGAAACACGAACAACUCUCCUUGCUUUAUUGUGCUCUUUCCCAGCUCUCCAAAGAAACAGUCAUUCUUGACGCUGAACAAGGCAAAACCUCUCUGCUUUACAAUAAAUCCUUUAUGGACCAAGUCUAUUUGAUGGCUAGAUAUUAGCCUUGUCUUUUUUUGUUUUUUAAGGACCAAGGUGAAGUCAAGGUCCAUUAAAAGGGAGUAAACAAACUCUGUAAAUAUCCAGGCUUCUUGAACUCAUGCUUGAUCAAUAGCACAUAUGUACUAAGGGGUCGACCUGUGUAAAGCAUUCACCCUGCCAUUCCCUGUUGGUACCGUUAAAUACAGGUUGGACUUAUUAUUAUCUACUAUUAGAUUGUUCUGGUAUCUAGCAGGUUAUCUCAAGGUUUGUUAACUACAAGGUUCUUGUACUCAGCAAUUGACUUCCAUUCUUCUGUCAGGUACUAUGCAAAUUUGGGAAGCAGCUCAGUUGUUUGAUAAAGACACUUUGGUUCAACUUAAGCAUGAAUGUGGAGGUCUUCAGACCUUGUUACGGAAUCACUAUCAUAUUUUCAAAGGUUUGCACUUGUUAGUUGUGGUUACCGUAGUACUUGUAGUAGGGGUACCAGUAAUUGUAGUAAUUGUCUUAUACUAGUAGUUGCUGGUACUGCAAUAAUUGUUGUUGCUGUGUUUUCCCUUUUUUUGUUCUGUCCGCAUAGAAUUUAGUUGUAACUCCAAAAUUUAAAGGGUCUCUCUCAUCUUUGUUAGUCAAGAAAUUAUGAUUUCACAGUAGAAGUUUUGUAUAAAAUCUUGACAUAGCGGUAACUCAAAAUUGUCUUAUUUAGUUACUGGUGGUUUAGUUGAACUGAGGGAUUGGAGUCAGGAAUCCUCAUGCCAUGGUGCAAAGAAGGCUAAUUUUGGAAAGAAGCAGCGAAGAUCUCAGGCAUUAAGGAAAACUUCAUUGUGCUGGUUUUACUUACAUCAUCCUGAUGGUUGUCCAGUGACAGCAGAGAAGUGUCAUUAUGCACACACAACAGAUGACCUUAGAGAACGACCCUCAGUGGAAGUCCUAAAUAGUUUGUAAGAGUAUUUAAAUCAUUAAAGAAGAUUUUUGUUACUUCCUAAAUGAAAACAGGAAGUGAUUGAGAAGAGACAUUCCUGUGAGAUUCAGAAAAAGCGUGAAAAACUGAUUAAUCAAAGACUUCAAGGAGUUAAAACCACAAACUAAUUACCACUGCUGUUUGCAAUUAAGCUUUCUGACACCUGAUUUGAAUUUCCUUUGCAACACGGUAACAUUCCGCCAAUUCCCUAAAUGUUCCAGUGUGAUUGGUUUUCCAAGUUUCACAGUACAAGUCAGUAAAGGGACAGAAAUUUGGGGGUUAUUAUUUCAAAGUGAAGGAUAGAGUCAAGGCCAAGAGAGCUGCAAUGCUUGGCAACUUGAAAGAAAAGUAAUCCUAUUGUCCUUGUAUAAUCAACUGCUAUUACAAAGCAAAUAGAUGUGCAAUGCAUUCCAGCCUCUUUUGUGUCUAAUUCCACCUCGCAAGUUUCAAACAAUGAAAACAAACUGAUAAAAAAAGGGAAAUUGUUUUCCUCUUCACUCUACUGGUAGCACUGCUUUUCUUGUGCAAGCUCAUGGGAUAAAUAUCAGUCUAGCUAUUUAGUCCUGGAAUGUUCUCUUUUAAUGAUGAACAAGUAUUUGGACCAUUUUAUCUAUUUACACCAGUUAGGUCCGGUUGAACCAGUUGGACUAUUUUAUCUGUUCGGAUAAUUUAAACGUUUGACCAUUCUAACUAGUUUGACAAUGUUAAAGGGUGGAAUCGUUCCAAUCAUUAGGACCAUUUUCUCAUAGACAAUUUUAACUAGUUGGAGCAUGAUAACUGGUUUGACCAUUUACUAGUUGGAUCAUUUUAGCCAGUUGGACCAUUUUCUCUAAUUAGACCAUUUUUACUGGUGGGACUUACUUCGCUGGUUGAAUCAUGAUCGCCAGUUAAAUUCCUUUAACUGGUUGGACUAUUUAAAUUAUUUGAACCAUUCAGUUGGACUAGUUGGACCUAGUUAGCCUAUUUCAUCUGUUUGGACAAUUUAAACCAAUCAGACCAAUUUAACCAAUUGGAACAGUUUAUCUAGUUAAACCAUUUUAAGCGAGUGGGCCAUUUUAUCUAGUUAGACCAUUUUAAGCUGUUGGACCAAUUUGAUCCAGUGAAGUUGGACCAUUUUGAACGAUUAGACCAUCUUAUCUAAUUAUAGCCUGAACCAUUGGAUUAUUUUAACUAGUUGGAUUAUUUUAACCAAUUAGAUCAUUUUAACUGAUUACACCGUUUUAUCCAGUUAGACCAUUUGAGAGUAUCCACAAGAGGACCAGGCAUGUUGUUAGGUUCAAAAAGGUUUUAAAAAUCCAGAGUAGUUUGGCCUCGUGAUUAAUCCGUGAGUUAAAAGAGCUCUCGGAUUAUAUCUCAGGGUUAAAAACCCAAAAUUGCUUCAAAAUUGCACUUCAACCAAAUAUAUCUUUAACUCGCACGAUGUGAUUGGUUGUUAUCCCCCUUGGCCCAAACGUUGUUAAAACCUUAACCAACCAAGGCCAGGUUGUUCAAAGCUGGGUUAAGAUAACCUAAGGUUAGUCUGAAAUCUGAUUUUAAAUAUGAAAGCUUCAAAAGAAAACUCACUGUAACUCUUUUUUGUUUACAAUUUGAUGAUUGUAUACUCCGAAAAAAAGUAGAGAAAGUUAUCUCAAAAAGGGAGUUAGAAAAUAGGAAUAAAGAAACUUGGAUGAAAAUCUAACCCUGGGUUAGCGCUAAUCGAUCUCUUUCAUGUUAGUAAAUAAUUUUUAAGUACUUAGUCAAGUAGUUACAUAAUUACUUACAUAAGGUAAGCUUCUUUACAAAGACUGGUGUCUGAUUCCUGGUCAAAAUUAACAUUCUUUUCAGUGAGAAGAACAGCACUUGCGAUCGCCAUGUACUCUCCAUACUUCAGACUCAAUCCAUCGGCAGUUCUUCCAAGUCCUCUCUUUACUAUGAAGUUAUUCAAAUCUUUCAGAGGUUGUCCUUCAUCAAGAGGAAGGAGACUUGACAAUGAUUUACAUGAGAGCUGAAGAAAUGUGUCCACGAUAGCUUCAUAAGUCUUCGUGGGGAACGAGGUCUUGUAUCUCUUGAAGAACUUCUCAACGUUGUGUGUAAAAUAGAACUAAUGCAGCGGUGUUCUCUAUGAAUGGUUUUGCAAUGCUUGUCAUCUGCUGUGGUUACCCAAAUGCUGAUUCUUUUAUGUCUUGUGCUGAACACUAAGUUCACAAGUUCAUUCUUCCUCUGCUUCACAUCUCUCGAAGCAGUGCAGUCAUCGAGAAUGAUCAGUGUAUUAGUUAUAAUUAUAGGUAUAAUUAAUGUUGAUGAGACUAUUCGAUCUGACCUUGAGGUGAAGCCGAGAUAAGCAAGUCAUUAUUAUUCCUCCGAAACUAUCAUACAUAACUUACAUGGCUCUUUUCUGGACACGCUUAAGGUCUUCACUAAGAUAUUCGGGAAGGCUGUGGUGGAAAAGGACAGUAUUCUAAUACUGGUCUUAUUACUGGUGUGAGGAUAGGUUUUCGCGCACUCUAACUGAACUUCAGGGGAAAUUAACUCGGUAGAGACCACUCUGCUAACGAGAACGGAAACUCGUCACGAUUUCCUGUUACACGGAGAUCUACUUCGAGCGUGCUUGUACAGACGUCAAGGAAGAGACAACGUUUUUGUUCCACAGCAGACUUUUAUUCAUAGAGCACUCUAACAUACAUCAUGCCAUAGUCAGAUCUAAACGUGUAAUCAUCAAAGCUGUACAAGGUACUGGCUUGAGAACUAACUGGUGUGGGGUGCUAUUGUUACACAAACCACAAUAUUUGAAUAAGGACACAAAGGAGCGGAAAAAAGUCUGAAGUUAGGCGAAAACUAAAAUAUUCCAUCUGAUUCUACGACGAAAAGAAUCUCAAAAUUAAAAAGACGGACGCAAUAAACUUGAGGCCAUAAAAAAUAGGAAACUUAGGUGCGAAUUCACAGCUCUGGUACAGAAAAUAUACCCAUCUUAAUUACAGUAGAGCAGCUUAGGAAAUAAAAACGGAAAAGCAAUUAAAAGUUUCUGCCUAUCUAUGGAAGGUUGUUGUGGAAACCUAUCAUAUGAAAAGAAAUUAAAGUUACGAGUAUAAACUCAGCUGCUGACUACCAUGAACACCAAGUUUUCCAGAAGGACCAAUAAUACAUAUUUACCUAAAAUUUCAUUAGUAAUGAUGAACAAAAGUACCGAUGCAUAAUGAAUGCGAGUAACAAGCAAAGUCUAUUCCAAAAGCUACUGAGGUUUUUUUUAUACUUUUUUUUUAUUUACUAAAAUGAAAGAACUUGAAUGAAC